AUGAAGGAACUGAUAGUUCAUAACUCACGACUACACAACACUCCCGAUGUGCAUCGGCCGCGCUCUUUUCGCCUUACGCAAGUAUCUGCAUCUGCAUCAAGAAACAACGCUGAUAAUACAACAGUGGAGAAUGAAUUUAAUGCUUCUUUUGCUCCUUUUGGUGCUUCUCAAGAAGCCAGUAUGUUAGGACAACCUGAGAACCUUAGGCGACAUUUUAGACUUUCCCUUUCCAACCCCAAACAAAACAGAGACGAAAAUUCUAGUAAAGUGAAAGGCAAAAUGGGUGACAAGGAGGUAUCGACCAAGGGGGCUGAAUACUUAUCUUUUCCCCUUGCUGUUGAAAAGACGACACCCCUUCCUGGAGCUAGCGGUAUAAAUAUGAGGGAUUUAAGCCAAAGUGAUAAUAAAGAUGAAGAACAAACCAGUAAUGCCGUUGCCAAUAAUUUAGGGAUUUCGAACUCUUCUGAUCUGCCCCCGCCUCGACAUCGAACGCUAUCACUGGGUUUUAACGUAAAGAUUGUCGAGGGUAAAGAGUCAAAUUCUGUAAAUAUUGUAAAUGAGCCCACUGGUUCCCUUUUUGUCUUUAGUCCAUGUGGACCACAUGGAUCUCAUGGCACUCGAAUAGGAACUGCACUGGUUCCAGCAGCAGCCAACACGACGUCUGCAAAGAUGUCUGUUUCUUCGCCGCAUCAUUUUAUUGCCCCCACUUCAACUAGCUCUCGUAGUCUUGCACAAUUGGCUGUCCAACCUCUUCCUACAACGGAAUCUGCGCAUCCAGUCCAAGCAAGCGGAAUUCCCUCACCAUCUUCCCCCAUAUCUACAAUGUUGCGAAUGCUCACGCCAACUCCCACCCCUAGCGCGCAUCACAGUGCGACAGACACUCCAUGCCGACGACAUCGUGUUACACGGGUGCCGCUUCCUUCUGCACCUCCUGCAAUUGAUAUCAGCAUGGUUAAGCGCGUCCUUGAAGAUCACUACCAGCUAGAUCGAAAGAUAAGUGAGGGUGUUUAUGGGGUUGUUUAUAUUGGCACUGACAAGCACACAAACGAUAUUGUGGCAUUGAAAAGGCUCAAGGUACUACGUGGGUUGGAUGGGUUUCCAUACACAUCGCUACGGGAGGUGAUUGCCCUACAGCACAUCAAUCGACAGCGUUUCAGGCUCGCCAAGGAGGAAGCCCAAGGGGAAAACGGUGAGAAGCCACUGACUAGGAAAAAUGACAGGCAAGAGGCCCACUUUUCUGGAGCCAGAGUUGAGGAGGAUCCACUAAAAGAAAUGAUCACGCUGCGAGAUGUGCUUAUAUCGCGAGAGGGUGCCCACGAUAUUUUUCUAGUUUUUAACUACGCUUCCAGCAGCGUAGCCGGACUUCUUGUGCGCCACUUUCCCUUUAUCUUACCUGAGAUUGCUUAUAUUUUUCGAAGCCUUGUGAUAGCCACCAAAAAGUUGCAUGCAAUGGGCAUCAUUCAUCGAGAUAUCAAGUCGGACAACGUCCUUCUCAUGAAGGAUGGUUCGGUGAAAUUGACAGAUUUUGGUUUGUGUGCCUUUGAGGACUCCGGCAGAGCAGCUCUGACACCAAGCAUGAUUAAUUUGUCUUACCGUCCACCAGAAAUGUUGCUUGGGAGUGUAAUUUACAAUACAAAGGUUGAUGUGUGGUCCAUUGGUUGCUUUCUCGCUCAGAUCUUUCUUCAUCACCCACCAUUUUACAAGCGCCGAAGUGCGGACGAGCAGGAACGUGCUACACGUUACAGCCGCAGUGCCGAGACGGAGUUGGAGCAACUCGCCUUGAUUGCGGAGGUUCUCGGACCCAUCACCGAAGUUUCGUCUGACGCCUUCCCUGCAGAAACAUGCAACCACCUCAUACAUCUCCAAAAAAUAAAGGAGCGUAUUGAGGCAGGUUUGACUUACGGUACUUCGAAGCAAUCUAGUAAUAGCGGCCCCUCCACUGCGCGGCUAGAGGCACUUUUUCAGCCCAGUUUUCUUUACACUCAAUAUGGCGGUUUUCGUCGCUGGUUUAUUGCUGAGAUGGAGAACCGUCGAGUACAAUACACAAGACGAUGGCAGAAUUCUUCUGUCUCAACAUCUUCCUCUGCGCAUUCUCCACAACCUCCACUUUUGUUACCCUCACCGGCAUGCUUAGAUGUACUGUUUUCUAUAUUUCAGUAUGACCCGCGGUGCCGGCCCACUGCCAGUCAGUUGCUUUGCAUGCCCUUUUUCGAGUUGCUAGAUGAAGAGAAUUCGACCCGUUUUGGCUUUGUUGGUUCGACGCAGGAUACUCCUUAUAUUGGUGGAUUUUCUUCGUUGAAUAGUGAUUGCUUUGACAGUAAGGAGCUGAGGAAUAAACGUGAACUCAAGGAAAGGGUGCAACGUGUGCAGAAUGGGCUUGCAAAGAAGCUUCAGGGAUUUCUCGAUAGUCACAUCAAGCCCAAAUCGUAG